AUGCAGCCCAGCAUGGACGCCUUCGAGCACUACUUCCAAGCGGCUGAUGCGGACAGGGACGGCCGGAUCAGCGGUGCCGAAGCCGUCGCCUUCUUCCAGGGAUGCGGCCUCCCCCAGAUGACCCUUGCCAAGGCACGUAACUGCUGCUGUUAUGCCUUCUCGCCCCCAUAUGAUCAUCGCCAAGGAAUAGACGCAGCCUCCCCAAGACAAGAUGACCCUUGCCAAGGCGCGUAUGUGCUUCUUCCGUUCCUUCUCUCGUUGUUCCUUCUCCCGUUGUUCCUUCUCUCGUUGUUCCUUCUCUCGUUGUUCCUUCUCCCGUUGUUCCUUCUCCCGUUGUUCCUUCUCUCGUUGUUCCUUCUCUCGUUGUUCCUUCUCCCGUUGUUCCUUCUCCCGUUGUUCCUUCUCUCGUUGUUCCUUCUCUCGUUGUUCCUUCUCCCGUUGUUCCUUCUCCCGUUGUUCCUUCUCUCGUUGUUCCUUCUCUCGUUGUUCCUUCUCUCGUUGUUCCUUCUCCCGUUGUUCCUUCUCCCGUUGUUCCUUCUCUCGUUGUUCCUUCUCUCGUUGUUCCUUCUCCCGUUGUUCCUUCUCCCGUUGUUCCUUCUCUCGUUGUUCCUUCUCUCGUUGUUCCUUCUCCCGUUGUUCCUUCUCCCGUUGUUCCUUCUCCCGUUGUUCCUUCUCCCCACAGGAACUGCAAGGAUGCAGCAACUCCUGCAUCCUUCUCCUGGAAAAUCUAUCAACCAAUCUACUGCGGCAUCCUUCUCCUUCUUCCCACUCUACUUUCACCCUGCUGUACCAAUCGUCGCGCAGGGGGCGUAUGGAAGGGGAAUGCCAGUUCAAGGUGCGCCGACGGCACAGGGGAUGCCUGGGAUGGGCGGCAUGGGUUCCAUGGGGGGUAUGGGGGGGAUGGGAGGCAUGGGAGGCAUGGGACCGGGCCCAGGAGGGCCACCGGGAGGAAUGAUGGGGGGAAUGGGACCUCGACCAGGGAUGCAACAGCAGCAGUAUCCGCAGCAGUAUCCGCAGCAGUAUCCGCAGCAGCAGCAGCAGCAGCAGUACCAGCAGCAGCAGCAACAGUAUGGGCAGAGUAUGCAGGGUACCAUGCAGGGGUCGAUGCAGGGCAGUGCACAAGGCAAAUUGCAGCCCGGGCCUCUUGGACCUUCGUACGGACGCGGUCAGCCUGCUGGUGCUCCCAUGCCAGGUCAGCCUGGUCCCAUGCCAGGCCAGCCUGGCCAAAUGCCAGGUCAGCCUGGGCCGAUGCCAGGUCAGCCUGGCCAAAUGUCAGGUCAGCCUGGGCCGAUGCCAGGUCAGCCUGCAUCCGCGCCUUCGUGGCAGCCUGCUUCUGCGAAGCCUGCAGCAGAGAAGGACCCGUUUGCAGAUUUUGGAGUGCUUGGAGGUAAGAAGAGUGCCGCCCAGACCCAGGGUGGCGCCAAGGGGGCUGCUGCCGCCCAAAGUGUUGCCACAGAGGCACAGCGGUAUGCACAAGUGUUUGUGGGCGUGGAUGCGGACAGGGAUGGCAAGAUCACCGGCAAGGAGGCGAGGAAAGUGCUCAUGGCGUCUCAGGUGCCCAUCGACGUGCUGAAGCAGGUGUGGGAUCUCUCAGAUGAGGACAAGGACGGCAACUUGACUCUCCGCGAGUUCUGCACUGCCUCCUACCUCAUCGAGCGCUACAAGUCGGGACGAAAGCUGCCGCCCACGCUGCCACGGGGCUUCCACGUGGACGAACCGGUGCAAGACCAACGCACGGCCAUCGCUGCGAAACGAUUGGCUGAGGCGCAGGCGGCGCUGACUCAGCACUCACAGGGUGUUAACGUGCCAACGUGGCAGCGCGAUCCAGGUGUCCUGAUUUCUCCAACAAAAGGCGGACCCAGAAAGGACACAAUGGAUCAGAAGAAAAAGGCUGCAUUCUUUCGUGACAAGAUGCAAGAGAUUGUCAUGUUCAAGAGUCGCUGUGAUCUCCGCCUUGCGGACGUAUCUGAACAGGCUGACGUGGAGAAAAAGGAGAUGGAGGAACUGGCCCGAAAGUAUGACGACAAGUACAAGGCAGCUCAGCUGUCUGCUGGGAAGCUUGCAGCAGAGGAGCGAGCGCUGCAGCAGAUGCAGGAGAAGGCUCACGUAAUCAUGAACGCAACGUCAAGGCUGGACCGAGGAAGCGACCCCAACCAGCUACUGCAGGACAAGGCGGACCGACUGGCUCUAGAGGUGGAGGAGAUGCGCAAGGCAGUGUUUGCUCACGCUACUGCCAUAGGGCUGAAAGUUCGGCCCCUUGUGGGCUCCGAAACUCCCUUCGGCUGGCAGGCGAAUCUUCAGGAGAAAGCAACAGACUGGGACGACGGGUGGGACGAUGUUCAGUUUGAAGGCCUGGUGGUGGUGCGGGAUAUUGGUGACACUCCCCUAGCUGAGAACGAAGACCCGUUUCCCAGGCCGAAAUCCAAGGAGCAGGAGAAGGGUGAGGCUGGGGCAUCAGCAGCGGCUGAAAAUGGCAAGGGAGAAGGGGAGGAGGGUGGGGGUGAGGGAGAGGUGGACGAUGGGAAAGGGGGAGAGGGGAUGGCAGCAGAAGGGGUCGAUGGUGCUGCGGAUACUGGAGGGGAAGGCCCAGGAGGCGCCAAGGAGAAGGAGGAGAAGGAGAAGGAGAAGCAGGAGAAGGAGGAGGAGAAGAAGAGGAAGAAGAAAGAGAGGAGGAUGGGUGCCGCCCCUUCCGGCCCAUCUGACUUUUUCUCUCCCGAGGAGGACGAGGAUGCAGAUUCAAACGAGGCGAUGAUUGGCGUGCAGGGGCACGGGGAAGGGGAGGAGGACGAGGAGGAAGAGGAGGAGGAGGUGGAGGAAAUUGAAAUGGACUCGACGCCAGUGCUGCAGAUAACAGCAGGAGGAGAGGGAGAGGGAGGGGGACGGGGGAGCAAAGAGGGGAUGAUGGAAGGGAUGGUUGCAGGAGGGGCAGGAGGGGCAGGAGGGGCAGGAGGGGAGAGAAAGCAGGGAGAACCAGCAGAAGCAGGAGCUGGAGGAAAGGAAGAAGAGAGAGAGGAGCAGGAGAUCGAUGGGGAGACUUCGACGUCAGCAGUGCAAGAGGAGAGUGCAGCAUCGGCUUCACCUGAGACCAAAUCCGGGUCCUUCGCGUUUGAUUUCUCAGCGGAACCCGAGGAGGACCUGUUCAGCUCAGGUGCAGCAGCAGCAGACCCUUCAGAAUCCGCGUCUCCCUUCCCCACCUCGUUUAGCACUGAAGGCAGACGGAGAAGCGGAACAGACGAGGCUCAAUCGCCCCUUACGCACGCCGCUGCUGUGAGUCAGGAAGACAGCCCCAUUCACUCCCAGCAGCAGCAGGCAGGCAAUGCAGAUACGUUUGAUUCGUCGCCAUUUCACGCCAAGUCAAUUGACGCCACACCAUUUGACGCCUCUCAGUUUGACCAGGGUUUCAAUCCGGACGCUAGUUUCGGUCGCGAUUCAAGCUUUGGCCGAGACCCGAGUUUUUCCAGGGAUUCGAGUUUCAAGGGGUACGGGGGGAGCAUGUUUGAUUCUGCGACUGGUGCAGCAAGCUUCAAGGGUGGUUUUGAUGCGAGUGCGUUUGACUCUGCCACUGGUGCUGCGAGUUUCAAGGGCGGGUUUGAUGCGAGUGCGUUCGACCAGCAUUACGGCGGGGUGGGGGCGUUUGAUCAACACUAUGGUGCCGGCGGUGCUGCUCUUGACACCUCCUCCUCCUUCCUCUCAUCUGUGGAUUCCCCGUCCGGCCCACACUCCCGGUCUGGAGAGUUUCAUCCCGGUCAGUUCCAAUCCUUUGCCAGCGGAUUCGACGACCAUUUCGACUCCAACCCUUACGGUGCAAGUGCGGGGGCGGUGGGAGGAGGCGGAGGCGGAAGAGGAAGGGGAGAGGAAGAGGAGGAGGUGCAUAGCAGUGAGGAGGAGGACAGUGGAGGGGAUCCCUUCGCCAGUCUCCGCAGCGGUGGGGGCGUUGGUGGUGGUAACCAGCAUGUUACCGCGUCGCAUUUCGACGCGUACAACUAUGACAAGGCAUCGGAAGAGGCGGAAACGCCGGGGGCUGCGAGGCAGGGGGGCGUGCAGCCGGGUAGUGCGAGCGCAUUUGACUCAAUGACAGCCGCUCGACGGAUUCUGAUAGCUCGAGGGAUCCCGUUAGUUGAGCGGUUUCUGUUUCUGGCUUGCGCGAUUGCCCUUCUGCACGCUGGGAAUGCAGCAGCCGAGCGCAUUCACCAUGGCGAUGCUGCCCUUUCUCGAGCCAUCAUUGAUGGUUUCCUUGAUGACCCCACACUCAUCGAUUUCAGUUUUCCCGACCAAAUAUGUGGCACAUGGCACCACAACUACACGCGCAUCCACCAACAAAUUCGGGCAGCCAGCAAAAAUCCCUCCGCCGCCCCACCGCCCGACACGCCGCCCGUGGAAUUUCUCACCUUCGACGGCCUCAGCCACUGCGACAGCCUCGGGGAGACCCUCAUGGGGCUGACGUCAGCAUUCACUGUAGCUCUGCUCACUAACAGGGCCUUCGUUAUAAAGCACCCGUGCAUCCCCAUGGCGUUUGAACCGGCCCUGAUUGACUGGGAGCCAACAGAAGACGUGGGAUUCGAGCCGGUCAGAAACGAAACUUUCCCAUUGGACCCUCCGAACAGGGCAGUCAAUCCUCCAAUAGGAGCAAACGACAUAGUGGAGAUCAAUCUGGAGUCAAAUCCCACGGCGCACCCAGAAAAGGUGUUUCCGCAGGUGGAAGCUGCGAGGAACCUGCGUGUGGUGUGGAAUAAGGACCUGCUGGUGCAUAUGCUGAAGGGGGCGAAUGGGUCGGCUUGGGGGGAGAGGCUCAUGGGUAUGGGUAUCAGGAUCCCAUACGCUUUCGGCUGCUUUGUGCGAUACCUGCUGAGACCCAAGCCGGAGGUGUGGCACAGGAUGCAGCCGUUUGAGAAGCAGCUGAGGGGCGACAAGGUGGUGAGCAUCGGUGUGCACGUGCGGCAUUUUGGCCGCGGGUUCCUCCCACCCAACACAACCAUCAGCUCGGACGACUUGCGGAGAGCCUUUAACGACAUUGUGAUGCCUGCCAUCAAGUGCGCAAAGGAUGUGGAAAACUGGUGGUACCCACCAUUCCUCAAUGUGAAGUGGCUCGUAAUAAGCGACUCACUGCAACUCAAAAAGAAGGCCAUCGAAGUGAACGAAACCAAGUCCCGCCACCCCAGAGGGCCCCCCUCUCCCUCCCAUCCCCACUGUUCAAGAAUUCCAAGAGACAGUCACCGAGUGGCUUCUGCUCUCCUCGUGCAACUCCUUUAUUGUUUCUACGUCUGCCUUUGGCCGUACAGCCGCCAUGUACUCAAUGCAUCCUAUGAGCAUGCACAUGCCGCGUUCGUGUGA